AUGGGUGUUCUUACCGAGGCGCGUCAGCGGGCAGCGCACUACGCCGCCCGGAAUCCCUUGUUUGCAAAGGUCAAUGAGAAACACCUGGAAUACUUUAACAAUGUACUUAGGAAGCUAUGUGUGGCGAAGCAAACCCCAGGGAGGAUGCUGACAGACCCCGAUAGAAUUGCCGCCUUUAAUAGGGAUUGGAUGAACCAGGUGGAGGGGGAAUGCCCCGUAGUGCUUCUGCCAACCUCGACGCAGCAGGUAGCGGCCAUCGUAGGCUACUGUCAAGCUGAAAAAAUUGGGAUUGUCCCACAGGGUGGGAACACAGGGUUGGUGUAUGGUUCCUCCGCACUUCAUGACGAGGUCAUCCUGAGCCUAAAGGAAAUGAACGCCGAGCCUGUUGUCUCACCAGAGACCAUGUCUGCAGAAGCGGAGGCGGGUGUCACUCUUGAGCAUUUGCAAGAAGCGGCAAAGGCCCGUGCUCUUCUUGUGCCUAUUACAAUGGGCUCCAAAGGGAGCGCAGAAAUUGGUGGUGUUGUGAGCACAAACGCCGGUGGUAUACAUUUUGCUCGCUAUGGAUCUAUGCACGCCAAUGUGCUGGGUCUUGAGGUGGUGACGGCUCAAGGCGAAGUGUUGGACAUGAUGUCUACCCUUCGCAAGGAUAAUGCUGGGUAUGACCUGAAACACCUUUUUAUUGGGAGUGAGGGUACACUUGGGGUGGUGACGCGUGCCAGUUUGAAGCUUUACCCCUUUCCACGCUCCACCCAGCUGGCCUUGUUUCGUCUCUCAACCUUCAAGUCCGUGCUGGAGCUUUACCAUUUGGCGCAGGAGCACCUCGCUGAAUGUCUCUCAGCCUUUGAGGUUUUGGACGGAGAGUCCCUCAUCCUCACCCCGCAGCGGGAGUUGCCCUUUACGCAAACCAGCAAGAAUGACGUGUUCCGCGCCGGCCAAGACUUUACCAGCGCCUACUUCUGCGUUCUGGUAGAGACAAACGGCAGUGACGCAGGGCACGACCUGGAGAAACUCUCUCGCUUCGUGGAGGCUGCGGAGGGUAGCCCUUUCUGUGCCUCAAAAGGUGGCCUUGGGGGCGCCUUCGAGCCCAUCCUCUCCCAGUCGCUGGCACAAACGGUGCAACUGUGGAAGGUGCGUGAGGAGGCUCCUGUGAGACUUGCCAGCGCCGGAAUCACCUACAAAUUUGAUGUCAGUUUCCCGCUCGACAAGUUUUACGGCAUCGUGGAACACGUCCGUGAGCUGGUGUACAAGGAUGGCAAGUUUGACCCCGAGGAGGUUCUGGUUGUUGGCUACGGCCACUUUGGGGACGGCAAUAUUCACCUCAACGUUGUGGAUCGAACGCGAAAACAAAGUGACGCGCUGGAUGCCGUCUUGUUUCCGGCUGUUUAUGAGUUUUGCGCGGCCCACGGUGGCUCCAUCUCGGCAGAGCACGGGGUCGGAGUGCAGAAGAAGGCCUACCUCGGCCUCUCGCGGAAGCCGGAGGUCAUUGCGUUGAUGCGAAGCCUGAAGCAGAUUAUGGACCCGAAUGGAAUCCUUAAUCCCUACAAGGUUCUUCAGUGA